AUGUCAUCUGAAGUCAUGACUAAUCCGUAUGCACCACUUUAUGCCCCAUUUUUUGGGUUCGCUGGUUGUGCAAUUGCCAUGAUCCUAUCAAAUUUGGGUGCGGCUAUAGGUACCGCUAAAUCUGGUAUAGGUAUCUCUGGUAUAGGUACUUUUAAACCAGAAUUGAUUAUGAAAUCUUUAAUACCCGUAGUCAUGAGUGGGAUCUUAGCUAUCUAUGGUCUAGUGGUUGCUGUUUUGAUAGCAGGCAAUAUUAACCCUCAGAAUGAAUAUACUCUUUUCAAUGGAUUCAUGCAUUUAAGUUGUGGUUUGUGUGUUGGGUUUGCUUGUUUGAGUAGUGGGUACGCCAUAGGUAUUGUUGGUGAUAUUGGGGUUAGGAAAUAUAUGCAUCAGCCAAGAUUAUUCGUUGGGAUCGUUUUGAUUCUUAUCUUUUCUGAAGUCCUUGGUUUGUAUGGUAUGAUUGUCGCAUUGAUCUUAAAUACUAGAGGUUCUGCUCCUCAGUAA